AGUCUGACCCUAUUAUAUUGCGCCGUACAGAAGCCUAUGUUAGCAGAAGAAUGAGCACCAACCAGUUAUUGUAAAACCGCGCGACGGUAAAGACGCAUUUCACUAUGUCAGCCACUCUCCAAACAAGUUUAAAAGAGAAAAUCUGCGAGUCAGUGGAAAUACCAAUCCUCACAAGAUGCUGCUUCUGUUUUCCACUACGAAAGGGCCUGAUAACCUUUGCAUACUUCAACACAAUCCUGUCGAUAUUAGACGUUGCAAUACUAUCAUACAUAGCGUCCAACCGUUCAACAAAUCUGACAGACGAAUCGGAAUACCCUCGACUCAUUGUUGACACCUCAUCUUUGGUGCUGGAGAUCGUCAUGUCUGUGAUGUUCAUCGUUGCAUUACAUAUGAAACACGUGCUACUCAUGAAAGUAUUCCUCUACUUCGAGAUCGUGUUCUCCACCGUCAGCUUUAUCUACAGUCUGGUCUUCCUGGGUGAGGAAACGGCCAGCGAGCUCUUCUUAAUAUUAUUCCUACUAACGCUACAAGUCUACUUGGUGAUCCUCAUAUGGAGUUCAAUAGUGAAGAUGGAGCGAGACGAUUCCGUAAAGUAUACGCGAGAAAGAGAUAAUGUCUAACCUUUAAAUAACGUAAGUUAAUAAACAAAGAUAUCUUUUGUAUAACGUUAAAUUCAACGUAU